UUGAAUAUUCCGCCUAAAUAUGUUAAAUAGGUUUUAGUUUUGUGAGGCUAUUGAAAUAGUGGCUAUAGCACUCGAUUUUUAAGCAAUUGCCAACCAUUGACACAAAUACAGACUGUAGACACUCAGGGAAAUGGAGCCGCAGAGUGAGGUGAAUCCCAAGCGGGUGGCCGCCUUCUUCCGGAGAAGCAACUUAGGACCCCUGUGCCGGGUGCAGUCCAGCUCGGACAUAGAAGCCUGGCUAGCCUCUAGGGCGUACUUUUCACUGAUCACGUACUUGAACGAUGUGAGCGCCGAGAUACAGGGAAUCCGGAACACGGACUUCUUUCCCAUCAGUAAGAACAUCAAGCGAUUGACGGCCAUCUUCGACCAGCUGGACUCCAUGAUUGCGACCAAUUCUCCGGCGCCGUUGGUGCCAGGUGCGAGUAUGGAUUCACGGAGCAAGAGCUACAGACGCUGGGCGCACGUCAUGCUAAGGGACAUAUACCAGAUUGUGGAGAAGGCGGUGCCCUCCAGCAAGUGCGGGCACGUCAAUGAGCUGGGCGUGUUCUUAUCUGGCUCCUUUGGCAGCUCGGCCAAAAUCGAGUACGGAACCGGGCACGAGCUGAGCUUCCUGUUCUUCAUGUGCGCCCUCUUCAAGGCCGAGAUCCUCGAUAAGGAAGAGGACCUGGCCGCCUCGGCUUUGGUUCUAUUCGAUCGCUACCUGCAGUUCGUGCGCCGCCUGCAGGUAACCUAUUCGGUGAACUCGUCCAACUGGCAUGGUGGAUACUCGCUGGAUAAGUUUCAGUUCGUACCAUUCAUUUGGGGAUUCGCACAGUUGUGCCACGAGGCACCUUUCUCCCCGAAAAAGAUGCUGGACGAGGACACCGUUGCCAAGUACAGGGGCGCGUACAUGCUGAUCGAUUGUGUGGGCCACAUGGCAACCACCAACAUCGGCACCUUUGCCCGCCACUCCAGCCAGCUGUGGAGUCUGGCCGCCCUGUCCUCGUGGACGAAGAUCCAUCGCAGUCUGAUGUUCAUGUACAUGGAGGACAUCCUUACGGACGUUGACAACCUGAAUGCCCUGCGCUUUGGUGAACUGAUGUCCUUCGAGGAGGACAAAUCUGGCCGGCAUCUGGACAGCGCUCGUAUGGGAGUGAAGUCUCCGCUGCGCCGACAGAUGACGGAGGAUCAGGACGACCAGGAUCAGGACCAAGACGUUACUUCGAGAAGCGGCACCCCCUCGAUUUCCAGGUCGGAGCAGAACGAAACUGCCAGGAAGAAGGCCAAAGUGGAGGAGCCCUCCAGCGACUGCAUGUCAAACAGUGGCCUCUCCCUUGGCAGCGAAUGCUCAUCUCUCAGCGGCGUGAAUGUCCAUCUGCCCACCUGGUUGGAUGAUUGUACGGCCACCAGCAAGAACGCGUUUGAAAAUUAGCGGUUUUGUGAUUGGUGCAAUAUCUAAAUAUUCAAAAUCAAAUGCUCUAUCGCACUGAAUUGUUCGUUUGCAAAGUAUCUGUUUGUCAGUAACUAUAAGUACAUUUAUCCAAUAGUAAACAAAAUACCAAAAUGAAGAAAUAUUCCAGCUUCGUGUAAUGCGAAGAUGAUGUGUGUCAUGUGCACGAAUAUCCGGAAACGACUUCAGCAAUCUGCAAUGU